GAAAUUUGGAACCCUAUUCCAGGUUUCGAGCACCAUUGGCACAGGAGCACGUGCCGAAGCUGUCAAACAUUUUCAAGUCAUCCUUUAAUGUUCAGUGUUUCAUCGUUAAAUGUUGUUCGAGAAAUCGAGUGUUAACUAAAUUUCACUGGUUUUAUGAAAAUUGACUGAAAGUAAAAGGAAGAAUAUGUCUCGCAACCAACGCGAUUUGCCAAUUGGCGCCAACUCGAACGCAGAAAAGAUGAACGGCAAGCCACAAGCUAACGGUAAGCCAGCCGGUAAGGCGGGUAACAAGCAGAACCCCAAGUCGAGCCUGGACGUCUUCUUGGACAAGCUGUACGACGAUAAUAGGAAGACAAGCUUGUCGCCGCAGCAACAACGCCGCAAAGUCAAGGAGUACCUCAGCGGCCAGAUGCCGGGUACCAGCAAUCCUUCCAUUGGCCCAUCCGAAUCGAGCUCAUCUGAGUACAGCAGCGAAGAUCAAGAGUCUCAGGACUCUGGCAGCGACGACCAAGAAUCUCAAGACUCUGGCAGCGACGAACAAGAGUCUUCCGACUGUUCGUCCGACAGCGAAGAAAUGACCGAGUACACCAUGAGCAGCAGCUCUUCUCCAGAGAUUCCGCCGGUGCGCCGCACCAACGAGAAAGCUGCCUCCCAAGACGCCAAUAACAACAAGGUAGCGCCCAUCAAGAACAAGACGGCGGCCGAAAAGGCCGGCCCUGCUCCGGCCAAUCCGCGCAUCCAGCGCCGCGUCACCAUGGCCGGGGCUCUGGUGCACACUGAACCUGAGGCCACCAAGUCGGGAGCACUCGCUUGCCCACUGAAGCGCAAAUCAGUGGCCUCCUGCCCUUUGCCGGCCAAGGCCAAGUCUCCGAAUCCAACCCCGGCCGCCAAGUCCCCAAAUCCAACUCAGGCCGCCAAGUCGAAGGCUGCAGCCGGAGCUGUGGUGCCUCCUCGCAUCGUCCAGGAGGACGAUAAGAACAAGCCAGGCACAAGUGCUGGCCUCGCCGUCCCUCGUAGUGGCCGCAGCAAAUCCAAGUCCCCGGUUGGCGGAAAAUCCAGUUCGAAGCCAGGCACCUCUGCCGGCGACACAGCCGCCGAGGGCUCAUCCGGUGCCAAGUCAAGCACCGUCAAGGCAGCCAAGGCCAAGUCCACCGGCAGCGCUGGGGACGGGGAUGCCGCUGGAGACGCCGACGGUCCCAGCACUUCAUCUGCCGCAAAGAAGAAAGAUGAGUCAUCGAAAACCAAAGACUACCAUAAGGUCAACAGCAUCGAGGAGGGACGCCGCAUGCUCCAGUGGGUCAUCAAUCCCCUCCAGUCAGACGAGUUCUUCGCAAACUUCUGGGAGAAGAACGCCUGCCAGGUGCAGCGCCAAAAUCCCAAGUACUUCUCCGAACUCAUCUCGUUUCGGAUGAUCGACGAGAUGCUGAUCCGCCAUCACCUGGAGUUCACCACCAACAUCGACGUGACCAGCUACAAGGAUGGCGUGCGUGAGACCCUCAAUCCCGAGGGCAGGGCCAUGCCGCCGGCCGUUUGGGGCUUCUACGCCGACGGCUGCAGCAUUCGUAUCUUGAAUCCGUCGACCUACCUGGCCGGACUGCGCCAGGUGUGCGCCACGAUGCAGGAGUUCUUCCACUGCCUGGUCGGGGCCAAUGUCUACUUGACUCCGCCGAACAGCCAGGGAUUCGCUCCCCACUACGAUGACAUCGAGGCGUUCGUCCUCCAAGUGGAGGGACGCAAGCGCUGGCGCUUGUACAUGCCGGUCAAGCCCACCGACAUCCUGGCGCGCCACUCUUCCGGCAACUUUAACCAGAGUGAGCUCGGCGAACCGAUCUUCGACGAGGUCCUAGAGGCUGGGGACGUGCUCUACUUCCCACGUGGCACCGUCCACCAGGCCAUCACCGAGCAGAACCAGCACUCGCUGCACAUCACCCUGAGUGUCUACCAGCAGCAGGCCUACGCCAAUCUGCUCGAGAACCUGAUGCCCAUGGUGCUGAAGAACGCUGUGGAGAACAAGAUAGCACUGCGCCACGGCCUGCCGUUGCACACCUGGCAGAACCUGGGACUCGCCAACGGCGGCGGAGAGAGUCGUUCACGCUCGACCCUCAUCCAGGGCAUUCAGCAGAUGGUCCAGAAGUAUCUGGUACCCACCGAGGAGCAAAUCGACGCGGCUGUGGACCAGCUGGCCAAGAAGUUCCAGCACGAGGCCUUGCCUCCGACCAUUUUGCCGGAGGAGCGUACGCGCACGGUGUUCGGGUCGCGCAGCGAGACCGACGCCCAGGGCCAGUGCCUGUGCGACUACGAGUUCAACCAGCAGACCUCCAUCCGCCUGCUCCGCGCCAACAUUGUGCGCCUGGUGGCCGAGGAGGGCGCUCUCCAUCUCUACUACUACGUGGACAAUGCCCUCGAGUACUGCAAGUACGACGCCAACUUUAUGGAGCUCGACCCGUCCGAGGCCGGUGCCGUUGAGCUACUGAUCCACACCUAUCCGGCCUACAUCAAGGUCAGCGAUCUGCCCCUCACCUCCAGCAGUCGCCGUGUUGAUGUGGCCUUGGACUUGUGGGAGCGCGGCCUCCUGAUGACUGAGAAGCCAUUCAAGUAAACACAUAGCCCAUAGUAAACCCUUCCAUAGCGGCUUUGCUGACUCCGCCGCAUUGGUGGCGCCACCAAACGGGCCGGAAGUCAGGUACAUAUCGGAGAGAGGAAGAAGAUUGAAGCUAUUAGUCUCAGGGACUUACUUUUUAGUCGUAUUAUCGGAUAUUAUCUGACUAUUUUUAAACCUACAACCUAGUACUCGACCUAGUCGUUGUUCUCAAUAAAAAAAUAAUAAAU